AUGCUCCACCUCCUGAUUUAUCCCCCAUGUCUCCCUCGCAUGCCGUGUCUCAUACCUAUUCCAUGUCUCACUCCCAUCCUGUCACCAUACCCCCCCACGCCCCUCCAUCUCCCAUGGCCCGCGUGUCCCCGUCUCAGCCAACUCUCUGACAACCAGCUGUCUGGUGUCAUUCCCCCCGCCAUAGGCGCCCUCUCAUCCCUCCAAUACCUCUAUGUCUCCAACAACCAGCUAUCUGGUGCCAUCCCCCCUGCCAUUGGCGCCCUCACGGCCCUCCAAUCCCUUGACUUGCAGUACAAUGCGCUGGGCGAUUCCAUUCCGGAUUUCAUCUCGCACAUGACCGCUCUGAGAGGCCUGUGUGUGCCAUUCCAUUAG